CCGCGAGGUUGGAGGUCCCUUCUUUCCGACCCUGCAACGUGCCUCCGCUUGGAGGUUGGUCCGGUCGUCACGCAUCCUCAGCGCGGGGAAUAGCUGCAAUACCAGCGCGCCGUCUGAGGUACCACUGUCUUGCUUCCGACUCCCCGUCGUCCCUUGCCUCCUCCUGUGUUCUGUCCCGACCUGUCCCAUUCCUUUCCGCUUUCCUUUGCCCCUCUUGCGGGGGAGGGGCGCGGAGGGAGGGGAGGGGAGAGAAGACCAUGGUGAAGACGAAGAGGGCCAGGUGGGGCUGCCCGGCGGACGCCAUCGACGUGGUCUAUUACAAUCAGAUCCUCGAGGUUCUUCGUCAACAACAAGACUCCGGUACGGUUUACUACGGAAGCUUCGUCUACGAGCCGCGGUCCGUGUACACCGAGCCUUGGGCAGGAGCUCUGCUCUACAACCAGCAAAUGCUUGCACAGCAUUUGGCGGCAACAAACCAAACCUCAUCUCAGCCUGCUCCGCUGGCGUCAUACACGUGGGCGAACUCACAAGGAGGCGGAGGAGGGUGGUACCCAUCAUCAGGCCAGAAAACGUCGUUCAAUCCGUCUACGUCGCUUCUCGGGACUGGCGUUCCGCCUCCCGCCCUGCUUUCUGGUGCCACGUCAACGCAACAACUGAAGCGUCUGAACGGCGUCAAUCACUUACAUCGACCACCGGCGGCUCCACAGCAACAGCAGCAGCAACAGCAGCAGCAACAACAACCACUCGGUCACUCUCACUUUCAGCUUGUGUGCUCUCCUGCGAGCAGAGAUGGCGCCGAGGCUCGGCCAUCCAUUACCGCUGCCUCUGCGCCUACAUAUGCGGGAGGAGGUGCCGCCCAGGUCUCCCUCGGUAGCGUGGGUGUCGGAUCCAUCAGCGCUGGCUUCGUCGGGAAAAUCGCGAACGGUGCAUGUGAGGGACACUCGGUGGCUAUGCGACCUACGCAGCGGCGCUCAUCGACAUCAUCCGCUCAGCAGCAGGAGCGGAGGGCGGCGGCAGCAGCAGUGGCGGCGACGGCGGCUGGGGAGGGAGGACCUGGCACAGUGAGAGGAAGUGCUGGUUCGGAAUCAGGACAGAAGAGGGAUCGCGCGCGCUCUCCAGAUCCUAAGAUCUGUUCUUCCGAUGGCGAAAUGUAUGACUUCCCCGCAGCCAAGGAAGCAGCAAACUUGAUCGAAGCAGCACGAGUACGACUUGGGGAGGACCCGAAGUGGAGGGAGCGCCUUAUGGUUGAAAUGGAGGCAUCUGCAGUGAGGGAAAAAGCUCUGGCCAAUAAUGAUGAAAAACAUGGCCCGUUUUCGGAGGAGGAAGAUGCUUUGGUUUUGGUUGGACGAUUUAUCUGUGGGAAUAAAUGGUCGAAUGUUGCAAAAGCUAUUGCAGGAAGGCAAGCCGCCAACAGUCACCAGCAGACCAUCAACGACCAACUGCAGACCAAUGUCAGCAUGGGGUUGGCACGCUUAUCUACAGUUGAGUCGACGGGCAGUGCAGUUUCAGACUGCAGCCCAGAUUUGGCCGCGCAGGGCAAGCAACUAGAAGAACGGAUCAACCACGUAGUCGCAUCCCUUGGCGACAUCAGCAAGUUCGUCGGGACGUCUACGGUCCGCAAUCAGCUGCAGACGCUCAGCGACCGCAUUCAACAAUCAACGGCCGUCGUCGUCAAGGAAUGGAAAAUGCUGAACUUCAAGAUCGAGAAGUUCGAUGUGGGCAGUGCAGUUUCAGACUGCAGCCCAGUUUUGGCCGCGCAAGGCGAUCAACUCGAAGAACGGAUCAACCACGUAGUCGCAUCCCUUGGCGACAUCAGCAAGUUGGCCGGGACGUCUACGGUCAGCAAUCAGCUGCAGACGCUCAGCGACCGCAUUCAACAACGAACGGCCGCCGUCGUCAAGGAAUGGGAAAUGUCGAACUUCAAGAUCGAGAUGUUCGAUGACUACCACAAGACCGAUCCGCUGCAAUGGUGGAUGGCAUUCAACACGGAGGCGGAACCCAAGACGGACACAUUGGACCCACACAUCAUUGAGCUUUUGGACAGCUAUGAGGAUGUCUUCCAAGCUCCCGCUGGAGUAGUACCGGAUCGGCCCACAUGCCACGGGAUCACUCUCGAGGACGGCGCUGUACCUUCGCGCGAAUGCAUUUACCGCAUGAGCGAAGAGGAGCUUCAAGUGCUUCGGGCGCAUCUAGCUGGAUGCGCCCUAGCUGUUCGCCAUACGGUGUUCCCCUUCUCUUCGUCCGGAAGAAGAACAAGGACCUUCGUUUGUGUAUCGACUUAUCAGAAACUUAACGCGCAAACGAUCAAGAACGCUAACCCUCUCCCGUGGAUCGAUGAUCUCCUUGAGCAACUUGGCGGCGCCAAGUACUUCUCAAAGCUUGACCUCAAAUCCGGCUAUCACCAGAUCGAGAUCCAGCCAAGAGAUCGAUACAAGACCACGUUCAAGAUGCGGUAUGGGCACUUUGAGUGGAUCGUCAUGCCUUUCGGUCUCACCAAUGCCCCGACAACUUUCGAAGCGGCUAUGACGACGAAAUUCAAGGACCUACUCGACCGCAUCGUACUCAUUUACUUCGAUGAUAUCUUGGUUUAUAGCCGGUCGCUGGACGAGCACCUCGAGCACCUUCGCGCCUUUUUGGAGCAGCUCCGUAUCGCCAAGUACAAGGCAAACCGCGACAAGGGCGAGUUUGCCCAGCAAGAGCUGGAGUACUUGGGCCAUUACGUUACACCGCAAGGCAUUCGUCCGCUCGCGGACAAAGUACAAGCCAUUCAAGAUUGGUCGGACCUUUCGUGCACUACCGACGUCCGCUCCUUUCUCGGCUUAGCAUCAUACGACAUGCGCUUCGUCAAGAGCUUCCAACGGAUCAUUGCACCAUUGUCGCCACUUCAGUCCCCCUUGGUGCCCUUUGAGUUCAACGACGAAGCCCGGCACGUGUUCCAUACGCUGAAGACGACCUUGCUUCAAGCUCCCGUCUUGAGCAUCUAUGACCCGACCUUGCCAACCAAAGUAACUACGGAUGCUUCCAGCUACGACAUUGGCACGGUUCUAGAACAACAUGACGGCGCAGACUGGCACCCGGUUGAGUACUUCAGCCACAAGGUGCCGCCUAUCAAUUCCCUUGAUGAUGCAAGGAAGAAGGAACUGCUAGCUUUCGACACGCUACUUAAGCGUUGGCGUUACUUUCUCCUCGGGCGUCGGCGAUUCACGUGGGCAACAAACAAUAAUCCGUUGACUUAUUACAAGACGCAAGACACAGUGAGCAGCACGAUCGGUCGCUGGAUGUAUUUCAUUGACCAGUUUGACUUCAAAUUCAAGCAUAUUUUCGAUCCCUCAAACAAGGCAGCGAGUGCUCUCUCGCGAAGACCCGAUGUUUGCGCCUUGGUGCACUCCACAUCCGGCCUCAACGAGGACCUGCAGCAAAAUUUUGUAAACGACUACAAGACGGAUCCGGGAUUCUCCACACCUACGCGAACUUAUCAUCGGAUCACCCGCCAACAAGCAAUUAUCGCAUUGUCGACGGAUACUUGCUUCUCCAUACACGAGGCAAGGAUUUGUUGCGUGUUCCCCAAGACCGCAUCUUGCGCACUCGCCUCCUUGGUGAAUACCACGAUUCACGGCUCGCGGGACACUUUGGCGUCGCAUGCACACUCGCACGACUCCGCCAACGAUUUCACUAGCCGGACAUCAUCAGCUACGUCAACCGGUACAUUCAGUCAUGUGCAGUUUGCCAUCGGAACAAAGGGCGCCAUCAGCUCCCAUACGGCGAACUGAAACCAUUGCUGAUCCCUCGGGAACCAGGUCUCUCCAUUGCUAUGGAUGUGACCGGUCCUUUCCCUCGCGAUCGCCUUGGCCAUGAUGGU